AUGAGGGUGAGCGCCAGGAAUCUACUGAAGAACACCUUGGAUCUACCGCCCUCUCUACGAACCCAAGCAUAUGCCACCGCUGCCAACACGAGCGCAGCCCAGCCAUGCACAGUGCCACCAUGGCGACCUUCCAACGUCCUAGAUGACUGGGUCGCUCGAGACGUACGACCCAUCUCCCUCCGCCAACUUACCUUCUUCGGCCGCACCCUCACGGAACCCCGUCUCCUGGAAUCCGCCAACUAUGUCCGCCUCGAACUCCCCACCCGUAUCGCGCACCGCCUGCGCAACAUGCAAACCCUCCCUUACACCGCCCUGACCAACGAGCACAUCAGCCACGUCUACGAACUCUACUACGGCGCCUUCGAGCGCUUCCGCAAAGUCUCCGAAGUUCGUAAUCUAGACGACAACGACAGGUACUGCGCCGUGCUCAAGCAGACCCUCAAUGAGCACCUCUCCGUCAUCCCACGUCUAGCGAUGGGUGUGCUCGAGAUCCAAGACACCAUCGGCCCGGACCAGAGCGACCUGCUCAUGAAGACUUUACUCCGCUCACGCAUCAGCCGGCGGGUCAUCGCAGAGCAACAUCUCGCCCUCACAGAAACAUUCCACUCCCCCUGGCACUUCCCCAACGCCAAGAAACCCGCCACCCUCACCCCGGAAGACGAUUUCGUCGGCGAGAUCCUGCUCAAAUGCAACGCCAAAGAGAUUAUCGAGAAGUGCGCCGCCACCGCCACGCAGCUCGCAUCCAAAGCCUAUGGGAGCGAAGUAGCGAUCCCGAAGAUCGUGCUGCAGGGGCAUCUGGACACGACGUUUCCUUAUAUCCCCUCGCACAUCGAGUACAUCAUCGGCGAGCUACUGCGGAACAGCAUCCAAGCGGUGAUUGAGCAGAAGGGGUCGAGCGAGCCGCCGCCGAUUGAGGUGUUGAUUUGCGAGGCGGCGCAGCAUGUUAUUAUCCGGAUCUCGGAUCAGGGUGGUGGGAUUGAGCGGGACGUCCUGCCGUACUUGUGGUCUUUCGCCAAAGGCCCGCGACGGUAUCGAAGGCUGGAAAAUCUAGCGACGGUCCCGAGGUUGAAGGCUACGAUGCAGGAACUCGAGCCCGGCGCUGCUUCGCACAGCGACAAAGUGAAGCAUGGUAGUUCGCUGUCUUCGCUGUCGAGUCGACCGCCGGAGUUGCGUCUGGGGAUGGGUUUGCCGAUGAGCAAGAUUUACGCCAAGUACUGGGCGGGUAGUUUGGAGCUGCAUAGUCUGGAGGGCUAUGGGUGUGAUGCGUUUCUGCAGAUUUCGCGGUUGGGGAAUAAGAAUGAGGUGUUGACGACAAGAGCGAGUAUGGAUGCUGUGUAG